AAAGGCUGGAGUGAGAUGUCACUGAAGGAAAGACAGGGACUAGCUGCCACUGCCAAGCAGAGAGAGACUGACUUAUACCAAGACCACAAAGAAAGGAGGGCCACUCCAUCCUUGGCUGCACAGGCUAAAAAGGACUCCAUACACCUCACUUGGUCAUACACUCCACCUGUUGUUUUCCUGAAAACACACAAGACAGGAGGCAGCACUGUCCAAAAUCUGCUGUUCCGCAUGGGAGAGAAGGACGGAUCCACUUUUGCUUUCCCCUAUUACACCUACCAGUUCAACUAUCCAGAUAAAUUCAGGGCAGAUCUUGUGGAUGAGUUGCCAGAAGGUUCUUCCAAUUUUGACAUCCUUUGUAGCCACAUGCGUCUGGACAUGGAUGAGCUGAGACCAAUGAUGCCACCGAACACCAUCUACGUCACCAUCCUUCGUGAUCCUGUACGGACAUUUGAGUCCGUUUUCUCUUGUUACACUUCUACUGUUCCUGCUUUUACCUUAGCCAAAAAGGCAGCAGAGCACAGAUCAGCGCUGUCGAUGUUCCUGGAGUCACCAGAGUCAUUCUGGGACCCUAAAGAGCCUCGUAACGGCCUUGCAAAGAAUCCCAUGAGCUUUGAUUUAGGUCUUGACGGCCAGCGGUGGGACUCCUGGCCGACUGACCUGACUCAGCUGGAGGAAACCUUCCAGCUGGUUAUGAUCGCAGAGCACUUUGAUGAGUCCCUGGUCCUCCUUGGGGCCCUGCUGAAGCUAGAGUUAGACGAAUUAGCCUACGUACGUCUCAACACUCGCUCAGCUCAUGAUCUGACUCCACUGGACGAUGGAACCAAAGCCAGGAUACGAGCCUGGAACAGGAUGGACGUGCUGCUUUAUGACUUUUUCCUCCAUUUGUUCUGGGAGAAGGCAGCACAGUAUGGUAUGGAGAGGUUAAAGAAACAUGUGGCUCGACUGAGGGCUUUCACUGACAGAAUCGGGCAGAAAUGCGUGUCUAGAAAAGAAGUGCCGCCUGGGGAACUGGAGGACUUAAUUAGACCCUUGCAGACUGACUCAGCCACCAUCCUGGGAUAUCAAGUUCAGGGAAACCUGACCAAACAGGAUCAGGGAUUCUGCAUGAGGUUCAUGCUGGCUGAACGUCACUAUCAUGCACAUCUGUAUUUCCAGCAGUAUGGACGGGCCAUGAGGCCUGCACCUAAAGCGUAAUCCACGCAAGGGAUUGCAUGAAAAUUACAACUACAAAGGGCAUGCAGAAAAGGGGGAAGCUUAUGCAUUUUUAAUUUCUAUGCAUAAGAGAGUAGUUUAUAUUUUAUGUUAGAGGGUGUUUCAUCUGUUUCCAGAAUUACGUUUUUUUUAUGAUCAUUCUAGUAAAAAUGACUUAAGCGUCAAGCAUUGUCUGGGUCACUCAUAUGGUGGCUGUAAAAGGCCUAACCAUGUAGCAGGUCUUUGUUUAACAGGACUAAGAGUUUAUGGCCAUGCUUGUAGCUCUGUGAGGCAGCAGGGGAAGGUGAGCUACUGUGCUGGACCUGCAGCGAGGGUAGAGGUAUGUAUAGAGACUUUACAGAUCUGCAUAUUAUAAAGGAAACAACUGUGUAGAGUUACAUUUAAGACACUUAACAGCAGGAAGGGAUUAUUUAUACGGAAAAAAAUGUCUAAAUGCCCUACACUGCUACAGAGAGAUGCAUUUUUAGG